AUGGGUGCCAACACUCGUCGUCGAUCGGCAGCCCUUGCAGCUGGUGCCGUCCUCACCCCUACCCCUUAUUGUUUGGAUACUUCAUCCACUUCUUCUCCGCCCGCUCCACCCACAGGUGCUACUAUUACUACUGCUACUACUGUCGCCGCCAAUGGUACUGCCCAACCUCUGCAAGCCGGCCGUCUUCCCUUUUCUUCUGAAGCUCGCCUCGAACGCGAUGGUUCCGCCGUGCAAGUGUCCGAGGAAAUCCUGGGCGAUGUCCCGUUAGUCAAGGUUGAAAAGGUGCUCGUCGUUGGCUCAGGUGGCUUGAGCAUUGGUCAGGCUGGCGAGUUUGAUUAUUCAGGCUCUCAGGCUAUCAAAGCCCUUCGUGAAUCUGGUGUGAAGACUGUGCUUGUCAACCCAAACAUUGCUACUAUUCAGACCUCGCACUCACUGGCCGAUGCCGUCUACUUUUUGCCCGUGACUCCCGAAUACGUCACGCAUAUCAUCGAACGCGAACGUCCCGAUGGUAUCCUCUUGACCUUUGGCGGUCAGACAGCCUUGAACUGUGGUAUCCAGUUGGAUCGCAUGGGUGUGCUUGACAAGUACAAUAUCAAGGUCCUUGGUACGCCUAUUCAAACAUUAAUCACUUCUGAGGAUCGUGAGCUAUUCGUCAAAGCUCUGAACGAAAUUGACAUCCCCGUGGCACAGUCGACGGCUGUGGAAACUGUUGAACAGGCUCUUGCAGCUGCGGAAGAAAUUGGCUAUCCAGUCAUUGUGCGUUCUGCUUUUGCUCUGGGAGGUCUUGGUUCCGGCUUUGCCAACAAUGAAGCUGAAAUGCGUUCUCUCGCCGCAAAGUCGCUUUCGCUUACGUCCCAGUUGCUCGUUGAAAGAUCCAUGAAGGGCUGGAAGGAAGUUGAGUACGAGGUUGUUCGUGAUUCUGCCAACAACUGUAUUACCGUCUGCAACAUGGAAAACUUUGAUCCAUUGGGUGUCCACACUGGCGAGUCCAUUGUCAUUGCUCCAUCGCAGACCUUGAGUGACGAAGAGUACCAUAUGCUUCGUACAGCUGCCAUCAAGAUCAUCCGUCAUUUGGGUGUUGUUGGCGAGUGUAAUGUCCAGUAUGCUUUGAACCCAACAAGCUUGGAGUAUCGUGUCAUUGAAGUCAACGCUCGUUUGAGUCGUUCCAGUGCUCUUGCGUCAAAGGCAACAGGUUAUCCGCUGGCUUUCAUUGCAGCAAAGAUUGCUUUGGGUCAUACUUUGCCUAGUCUGCAAAAUGCCGUUACCAAGACAACUACUGCCUGCUUCGAGCCCUCGCUUGAUUACGUUGUUACAAAGAUACCUCGAUGGGAUCUUGCAAAGUUCAACUACGUUGAUCGCCAUAUCGGCUCUGCCAUGAAAUCGGUCGGUGAAGUGAUGGCUAUCGGUCGCACUUGGGAGGAAAGUUUGCAGAAGGCUAUUCGUCAAGUGGAUCCAAGUUGGGAAGGCUUCCACGCGCUCAAGACCGAGCUUGAGGACGUUGACGAUAUCUUGAAGAAUCCAACGGAUCGUCGUCUAUUUGCCAUCAGUCAAGUCAUGCUGUCGUCUGACCCAGCCAUUCGGAAAAAGUACACUGUUGACUACAUCCACAACCUAUCUAAGAUUGACAAGUGGUUUUUGUACAAGCUCCAAAACAUCGCUACUGUUCAUCACUACCUUGCUGAUAUGAAGGGUACCAAUGCCGCAGACCUUUCUUCGGACGUUUUCCUUGCUGCCAAGAAGACCGGUUUCUCUGAUGCUCUGAUUGCUAUUUUACUCGACUCCAAUGAAUUGGCCGUGCGUGAGGUGCGCAAGAACUACGGUAUUACUCCAUUCACCAAACGUAUUGAUACUCUAGCCGCUGAAUUCCCUGCCCAUACAAACUACUUGUAUACAACGUACAACGCGUCCGAAGAUGAUGUUGCUUUUGAUGACAAGGGUACCAUGGUGCUUGGCUCUGGUGUUUACCGUAUCGGCUCGUCCGUCGAGUUCGAUUGGUGUGGCGUCUCAUGCAUCCGUGGUCUGCGCAACAUUGGCGAGAAGACCAUCAUGGUCAACUACAACCCUGAAACCGUCUCGACUGAUUUCGACGAGUGCGAUCGCUUGUACUUUGAAGAGCUCAGCUACGAGCGUGUGAUGGACAUUGCAGAAAAGGAACAAGCCAAGGGCGUUGUGGUCAGCGUUGGUGGACAGCUUCCACAGAACAUUGCCCUCAAGCUUCACGAGAGCAACAUGACUGUUCUUGGUACAUCUCCCAAAAUGAUUGACGCUGCUGAAGACCGAUUCCAAUUCUCUCGUAUGCUGGACACCAUUGGCGUCGAUCAGCCUGCUUGGAAGGAACUCACCAGCGUCCAAGAAGCCCAUGCGUUCGCUGACAAGGUCGGCUAUCCUGUUUUGGUUCGACCUUCUUACGUCCUCUCUGGUGCUGCAAUGAAUGUUGCUUACACUCCUGAAGCUCUCGAAAUGAACUUGACGGAGGCAGCUGAUGUUUCGCCGUUGCACCCUGUUGUGAUUACCAAGUUUAUCCAAGGCGCUCAAGAGAUCGAUGUGGAUGUUGUGGCUCAUCGUGGAAAAGUGCUCGUCCACGCUGUUUCUGAACACGUGGAAAACGCUGGUGUUCACUCUGGCGAUGCUACGCUUAUCUUGCCACCCAAGGAUUUCGACCAAGAAACGAUGACUCGCUUGAAGGAUAUCGCGGACAAGGUCGCAGAAGCAUUUGAAAUCACCGGUCCAUUCAACAUGCAGAUUAUUAAGCAAAAGGACAAUGCUCUUAAAGUCAUCGAGUGCAACUUGCGUGCCUCACGAUCGUUCCCAUUCGUCUCCAAGGUUCUUGGCAUUAAUUUUAUUGAUAUUGCUACGCGUGCCUUGGCGGACAAGGAUGUGCCCGAACCAGUUGAUUUGAUGAGCAAAACAUACGACUAUCAAGCGAUCAAGGUCCCACAAUUCUCGUGGACUCGUUUGCAAGGAGCCGAUCCGUUCUUGGGUGUUGAAAUGGCCUCUACCGGCGAAGUAGCCUGCUUUGGCAAAGACAAAUACGAGGCGUUCUGGGCCGCAAUGCAGGCCACGCAGAACUUCCGCAUACCAAAGUCAAAGGCUGGCGUGCUUAUUGGUGGUGAUGCUGUCACUGAACCCGAGGACUAUGUUCACAUUGCCAAGGCCUUCCAUGGCCCACUCGAGCAUCCUAUCUUUGUACCCACUGAGCAGGACGCUGUCUUCCUCAAGGAACUUGCUGGCAUUUCCACAACUGUGCUGCCAGUGGCUGCUAACGCCGACAACAAGCGCGAACUCCACCGAUUGUUCAAGGAUAACGAUAUCGAUUUUGUGAUGCACCUGGCCAAGGAGCGACCCACCUCGCAGUAUGACGAAGGAUACAUUUGCAGACGCGCUGCUGUCGACUUUGGCAUCCCACUUUUGAACGAUUCCAAAGUGUCCCGAUUGUUUGCUGACGCAUGUAUUCGAAAGCGCCAAGUGCAACCACAAAGCGCCGACACCAUCCCCAACGAAGUCAAGAGCUGGGGCGAAUUUGUCGCUACCAAAAUUUAA